AAGCCUCUCCCUUCUUCGCGCCUGCGCCCGCGGCGGGCUGGUUUCCGUUUCCGGUGGCGACUCACUGUGGCGCGCUCCUGAAGCGUAGCGGUCGCUAUGGAGCUGUUGGGCGAGUACAUCGGACUGGAAGGGCAGCGACAGCAGCUGCGGGUGCCUUGUGAGGCGCCGGGCGUCACCGACCCUUUCCAGAGCUUGUUGUCCGGUGUGGCUCAGAUGAGGGAGCUGGUGACUGAGCUCUUCGGCUCUCAGGUACAGCCGGAAGCACAGGACCGGGGGACGGCGGCUCCCGACGAGGCCUUGGACGGUGAUGAUGAAGAUGAUUCAGAAGAUGAAAAUAACACUGAUAACAGAACUAAUUCAGAUGGACCAUCUGCAAAACGGCAAAAACCAUCUUAACUAGCUUUUAUGAAAUUUAAGAGACUGCUACCAUAUUUUAUUUUACCACACACUGACAUUUAAGGAACUUGUGCUCUAAUUUGGAAAGUGUUUGUUUUUUGCCCUGGGACAGUUUUGUCAAAGAGGAAACUUUUCUGUGUUCAUCAAAGAAAGACAUAAAUGCAUAGAAAUGAAUCCCUUUUCUUGGGUGAGAAGUCAGUUUCAGAUCAUGGAAAUUAGACAUUUAAUAAUGUGUGAUAUCCAGUAAGUUGGCAACUGAAUUCUUACUUUAUACUUUUUAAAUACCCAUUGGAUUAAAUUGUGUGGUGUCCACAUGUUUUAGCUUCUGCUUCUGUUAUGAAAAUACAUGUCAAGGUUUAUGGACAAUAACAUUUCAAGGAACUGACAUGAGCAAGUGAUGAAAAUGAGGUGUUAAAUUUAAAAAUGGCAGGUGCUUCCUUGGUGGUCAAGUGGCUAAGACUCUGCAUUCCCAAUGCAGGGGGCCUAGGUUCCUUCCCUGGUCGGGGAACUAGAUCCUGCACGCUGCAGCUAGAGUUUGCAUGCCACAACUAAAGACCCAGCAUGACGAAAUGAAGACUGAAGAUUGUGCACAUGCCACAACUAAGACCUGGUGCGGCCAAAUAAAUUUAUUAGUUAAUUUAAAUUUAAGAAUGGCAAUUCCAUGUACAUAGAAGGAAAAUGGGAAUAGUGAGAAAUAUUGAAGGGAAGGAGAGCCCUUGAGAGAGACCCAAGAAAAUCUUGAAUCCACACCUGAACUCAAUAUACAGACUUCUGGAGAUGAUACCACUCAACAGAUAGAUGUUAACUUGUACCUUAAGAGAGUCAAAUUGGGGUGUGCUUUUAUGCUGGUGAUACGCUGUUUAUGUUAACACAGGUAUAAGUCUUUAGGUAAGCAACCUGUGUUGACUGUAACUUAAGAUAUUUCAUGUCAUUCUGUAGUCAGACUUUGAUUUUGCUUAACAAGGAACUAUCAGAUCCUUUAAAUACAUAUAUGUAUAUAUUCCUAAAAUGUGUGUAUGUAUGUAUUCCUUUUCUGCUUGUCAGAGGGACUAAGAUAUUUUUCAUUUACUACGCAUAUAAAUGUUUCCUGAUUCAUUUUGAUGGCUAAACUACAGGGAAUCAAAUCAAGUAACAGGUAGCUAUUGAAACACAAACAGUCACAGAAUUUUAGAGUUGGAAGUAAUCUUAUAGAUUAUAUGAUUUACUCAGAGAUGAAUUGAAUCUUAGAUAUUUUCCUUGAGUUACAGAACUUACUGGCAGAGCUGGGUUAUACACACAGCCUUUAAAAGAUUACCAUAGUACUUUCACAAUUACACAUUCUGAAAUCUGUAGCUUACAAAGUACAUGGUAUUAAGGAAAUUGAAUUUACACACCUUUUUAUAUGUUUAUAGUAUUGUUUAGUUGGAAUACCAGGCUUCUACCAAGUACUCUUAUGUAAUUAAAACAAUACCAACUAGAAAAAGUCAUAAAUGGUCAGAAAUUACCUUGUUUGUUUAGUUUGUGAUAUGUCUCUGCUAUUGGAACUUCAGGUCAGUUACUGAUUUACAAUAAUCUUUUAUCUUUAUACAUUCCUUAGAAAAACUUGGGACUUCCCUGGUGAUCCAGUGGUUAAGACUCCAAGCUCCCGAUGCAUGGGGCCUGGUUUCAAUCCCUGGUCAGGGAACUAAAUCGCACACUCUGCAACUAAAUAUCCCGAGUGCUGCAACUAAGACCCGGCACAGCCAAACUAAAAAAACAAAACCUUAACCUGUGAAAUUACAAUAGUUCAUAGUUUUAAAGUAAUACCUGAACUUUGCUUCUGAACAUUUUAUCUCCUUUGUUUAGUAAAUAUGUUUAUAAAGAAGAAAUACCAAGAUAUUCAUGCUUGUGGUCUGUCGUUUGGAGGUCUGGGUUAUAAGUCUGAUGGAUCUUUUUCUGAUUCUAAUACUGUCUUCAUAAGUGAGCCACAUGUAUGACAAAAAAGGUUUUGAAGGUGUGAGGGACUAGUUUGAAGAACCAGUAUAAGAGAAAUGCCUUGUUGAUUUUCUAAUCUGCUGCCUUU